AUGUUUUUCUGUUUAUAUAUUUUUCUAGAAAAGUUUAAUGAACAACUUAUUCAAUAUGAGAGAAACAUGCACAACAAACUUACAUUUGAAAACUGUACCGUUCGAAAUAUUGUUUUACUUGGUCGUACGCGUGUUGGUAAGACAACACUUGCACAAGUGCUGAAGCAUUUACGGUAUGUCCCACCACAACGAGGUUUACAUAUCCGAACAAGAGAAAUUGAAUUUAUUAACAUAGCUUCAACAAGCCUUAAGGAAAAUCAAGAUAUCGUAUAUAAUUUUAAUAUUGUCGAUACACCAGGCUUUUAUCAAACAAUAAAGCCUCCGGAUCCUAAAUUAUCAAAUCAAGGCAUAAUAAAUUUAAUUGAUGAUUACCUUGCGAAUGAUCGAACACAAAUUCAUAUAUGGGCAUUCGUUGUGAAUUUUCAUGACGGUUUCAGUAAGGAAGAUCUAGAAACAAUGAUACUUAUUAAAACGCAUUAUCCAACAUUACAUCAAUAUAUGUCUUUAGUUAUAACUCAGUGUGAAACAGCAGGUGACAAAGCAAGACAAAACUUUGUCAAUACUAUUUUUGAUAACCCCGAUGUACGAACGCAUCAAUUAAAGAACUAUUUUGGACUCCAAGUUUAUUUCAUGGGCUGUUUAAGACCAGAGACAAGUAUAGCAUGUAACCUACAAGCAGCCAAAUCAGAAUUAGCAAAUGUGGCUACAAUGAGAGAAAAUUUUAUUAAACUUUGUAUUAAUCGGAAAGAUGAUCAAGAUUAUAGUCAGUCUCCAUUAAUAUUGUCAUGGAAAUUAAUCCAACGAUUGUGUUGGCGUUAUUACAAAACAAAUAGGAAUAAGUGUCUGCUUCUUGGUGGUGCAAUUUUAAUCAUUUUUAUGGCUUUGAUAAUGAAUGUGAAGUGA